AUGGCGAACGGUAAGCUUGCUGCCCUGGCCGUGCUGGUGAUCCUGCUGCACGCGUCGAUGCACUGCGCGGCCGUCCUCCGGCCGUCACGGAAGGUGGACGGCGGCGGCGACGGCGGCAUGCGGGCGGUGAUGACGGAGAACGGGUUCGAGCGGGGCGGGAGCGGGGGCGGGCCGGCAGAGUGCGACGGGAAGUUCCACAGCGACAAGGACCUGCUGGUGGCCCUGCCCACGGCGUCGUACGCGGGCGGACGCCGGUGCUUCCAAAAGAUCCGCAUCACGAGCGCGCAGACCGGCCGAACCGUGGAGGCCACGGUCGUGGACGAGUGCGAAUGCAAGGGCAACAUCGUGGACACGUCACCGGCCGUGUGGAAGGCACUCGGGCUCGACACCAACAUCGGCGAGGUGCCCGUCACGUGGUCCGACGCCUGA